GCCAAGCAGUAUAAUCGAAUCCUAAAAAGACGACAAGCUAGGGCAAAACUUGAGGCUCAAGGAAGAAUUCCCAAAGAAAGAAGGAAGUACCUACAUGAAUCGCGCCAUAAACAUGCCAUGAACAGGGUUCGCAGUGCUGGGGGACGGUUCUUUUCUAUCCCUGGUUGUCAUGGUGGACCGGAUUCCAUGAUCGAGGCAUCCUAUGCGCCAUCUUCUCUUCAGCCUGCUCUCGCUCCUCAAAUAACUACGGUUGAUGGUGCAGCUGGUAAUCAGAUGGAUUUCAAAUCUCGCAUUUCUAUGUCGGGGCCCCCUUGUAAUUUUGUCGCUGGAACGCUGCGCUUGUUUAUUCAUAGACCCAACCUAUCCAUGUUCAAUUCGCAACAGAGCCAAAUUGGCACUCGUGGCCUUAUUCUGGUUCCAUCCGCUCAACCAAGUUGCGCACCCGCGAUUCGCAUUGUCUUGCGUCUAUACGUGGUUACCCAGCAUCCACUUUAG